GUAUAGAUAUACAAGGACAACAUUCUAGUGGUGGCAUAACCAAGUACAAAAGCGCCAUUAUCAAUGUACACCGUCGUGGAUAUGCCUGGGACAGAGCCCAUAAAGCAGCCAUGGAGUAUAUGAGAAGAGGCCGGUCCCUCAACAAUCUGGUAGCAGAUGACCUUCAAGCGAUCCUGGAGGAGAGGGACACACCUCUGAGCCAAGAAGUUCUUCUGGAGGAAAAUGAGAGGUUGAAGAGAAGAUUAAAGUGUAGCAUCUGCCACAGGAAUCAGGUCAAGGUUCUCUUCCUGCCGUGUGGUCACCUGGUGGCGUGUGAAAAUUGUGCUCCAAUAUGUACGCAUUGUCCUCGAUGUCAAACUCGAAUUACACACACAUUCCGAGUGUUCAUGAGUUAACUUUGACUAAUAAAUUUUCAUUGUUUAUUCUAUGUAUUAUAAAGCAUUUUUGUGUCAAAAUGUCUUCCUAAUAUUUGUUAACUUUUAUUUGAUAUUUCUUAAUGGUUCUGUCCCAUUUUUCAGAUGUAUAUAUUAUAUCUUUCGUUGUUCAGAUGUAAAUCCUAAAUUGAUAUGAAAUAUAUAAUAUUUGGUAUGAAUUAAUUUUUAGAAAUUCAUUAAUAUUUUUUAUUAUAUUAUACCUUUAAAUUACAUGCAAUAUUUGAUACAUUUUUAAAGGCUUUCUUGACUCCACAUUUUUCAUAUGAUUUUAGCACCUUCAUUUUUUAUGUUCUAGAUAUUUUUUAAGCAACAGACAAAUUUGGAUAAUAAUUUGCAUCGGAACUAUGUCUGUACAUAUAUUGGAGAAAAUAAAAUAUCUAUCUAUCUCAUAAUUAGUU